ACAUGCUAAAACUGCGAAAUAAGUUGACCUUGAAUGACAAAUACAUGCAACCUUGCAUUUUUUACUGUCCUUGUCCAUUCAUCAUUUCCUGUUAGAAGAUAUUUAAUUGUUAGGCUAUAUUUCUAUCCGUCUGACGUAUAGUAGAGCACCAUGCCAGUAACAGCUGUUAAAGCACGUCAGAUUUUUGACAGUCGUGGAAAUCCAACAGUUGAAGUAGAUUUAAACACAGAAAAAGGUCAAUUUAGGGCAGCUGUACCCAGUGGAGCAUCAACUGGUAUUUAUGAAGCUUUAGAACUGAGAGAUAAAGAUCCAAAGGCAUAUCAUGGAAAAGGUGUAUCUAAGGCAGUAUCUAAUAUCAAUGACAUCAUUGCACCCAAACUACUGGCUUCAGGAUUAGAUGAGUCAGACCAAACAGCUGUGGACCAAUUUCUUCUUUCAUUGGAUGGAACAGAAAAUAAAGAUAAACUUGGUGCUAAUGCUAUCCUUGGUGUAUCAAUGGCAGUUUGCAGAGCAGGUGCAGCCAAAAAGGGAGUACCUCUUUACAGACACAUUGCUGAUUUAGCAGGAAACAAGAACUUAAUCCUCCCUGUCCCAGCAUUCAAUGUAAUAAAUGGUGGUAGUCAUGCUGGUAACAAACUGGCCAUGCAGGAAUUUAUGAUUCUCCCAACUGGUGCCAAGUCUUUCACAGAAGCCAUGAAAAUGGGUUCAGAGACAUACCAUCAUCUGAAAGCUGUCAUCAAGAAAAAAUAUGGACAGGAUGCCUGCAAUGUGGGUGAUGAAGGAGGAUUUGCACCAAACAUCUUAGACAACAUGGAAGGUUUAGAUUUACUGGUACAAGCUAUAGAGACAGCAGGAUAUACAGGCAAAAUCAAGAUUGGUAUGGACGUAGCAGCAUCAGAAUUCUGUAAAGAGGGAAAAUAUGAUUUAGACUUCAAAAACAAAAACUCUAAUCCUAAAGAUUUUUUGUCACCCGAAGCUUUAGGAGACCUAUACAAAGAUAUGGUAGCUAAAUAUCCAAUUGUAUCAAUAGAAGAUCCAUUUGACCAAGACGAUUGGUCAGCAUAUACUUCACUAACUGGUGCCACACCAAUACAGAUUGUAGGAGAUGAUUUGUUGGUCACCAAUCCAAAGAGGGUACAGAAAGGAAUUGACAUCAAGGCUUGUAACUGUUUAUUGUUAAAAGUUAACCAGAUUGGUAGCAUCACUGAAGCCAUCCAGGCUUGGAAGAUGUCUAAGGAUGUAAGCUGGGGAGUAAUGGUUUCCCAUAGAAGUGGAGAAACAGAGGAUACAUUUAUAGCAGAUCUUGUCGUAGGAUUGUGUACUGGACAGAUUAAAACAGGAGCUCCAUGUAGAUCUGAAAGAUUAGCAAAAUACAACCAGAUCCUAAGAAUUGAGGAAGAACUGGCAGGCAGCGCCACCUAUGCUGGUGAAAAAUUCCGUUUCCCGUAUUAAACUAUAGACUUUAUUGUAUCAUUGUUUAUAUUGGUUUUUAGUAUUACUCAAACUAGCAUAAACUUUUUAAAGUCAUAGGCUUGUUGUAUGUUUUUUUACUAAUUUUGUUUUCAUAUUUUAAUUUUUGUCGUCUUAUGUUUCGGAUUGCUAACUUGAUCUCAGGUUUUGUUUUGUAAAAUUCCAUUUAAAAAAUUUACAUUCAAAAUUUGUUUCCUCCCUGCAUUCAAGUUAAGUGAAAUACAGAUAUAAAAAAAAAGUUGUAACGGUUUGUUUGUGCCAUAUUUAGUUUUUUCUUUGAGAUUAAUAAGAUUUUAUUCUAAAAUGAAGGAAAGAUGAAUAUUUGAAUAUUUUCCUUUCUGCUUGUUGCUUUGCAUCAGUAUUCCAAAAAGAUUGCUCUGUUUAAACAUACAUGGAACCUAAUCAAGGCUGUUUAGAAUCAGGGUUAAGUGUAGAAAAAAUAUUUCUCACAUAGAAAUUAAAUGUUCCUACCUUUUACAUAGAUCCCUUGUAGGGUACCAUUUGUGUUUUAAUAGACCAGUCAACACUAGGUAAAUCCCAUGUUUUAAAACAAGAUUUUUCAAGUGCCCCAGUUUUUUCUCUUGCUUAUUUCAUGAUUUGUUGUAAGGUAUAGAAAGGCAUUACUUCUUAGCAUAAUUUGAUUUGAGUUUUACAUAUUGUAAUAAUUAAACAAUGUCUUAGCAGUCAUACUAAUGAUUAUUUGAAACUUUUUAAUUUCUUUUCUUCAAAUAACAUGUUUUCAGUUAGAUUUUGUUUUAGAUCUGUUGUUAAGUCAAUAGAAAAAUUGUUAAAAUGGUUAUUUGGUGCAGAUAAAAACACAAAUGUUGUGAAAAUUAUCUCUGAUUACAUUGUAAAAUGUAGAUUUUGUGAUACUUAUGUCUGUUUAUAAGGUUAAAUGAGUGAAAGAAAGGUUUUAAGUCUGUUUUAAAAUGUUGUAUAUAACCUGUACAUAUUGUUGUUAUUUUUUAUUUUUUUUGGCUUUAUGCCAACUCCAAGUACAUAACUAGUGCUAAUUAUUGGCCUUUGUCCUGACAUAAACUGUCGGACAAUGUGCUGGUAACCCAGUUAUAGUGAGAUAGGUUGAUUGAAGGUGAGAGAGAGAGAGAGAGAGAGAGUGGAAAAUGGAAAAGAAGAGCGAGAGAGAGAGAGGAGUGAAAAAAGAGCAGGAGAGAGAGGGUGAGAAGACUCUUAAUUCAGAAUGAAGAUGUCAUUUUGUAUAUACAUGUAUAUAUUUGUUACUUAAUAGGAUUUGGUAUUUACCAAUAUCCAUCGUCACUUGAUAAGUGUUAUAGUAAAAUCGUGAAAUAUGUGUGUUUGAGAGAGAGAGGGAUAGAGUGUGAGCAAGCGGCGAAGGGAAACGACACUAAUGCGGGGUUGUUGAAAAUAUGUAAAUAAAUGUAUUUUAGAUAGAUUAGACAUACAGCUAGUCUGAACAAGAUACACAGAACAUAUGAGAAAUAUGAGUGAAAGGUGUGAGAAAAGAUGAGAGAAAGAUAAAUUUAGUUUUAGAAACUUGGCGUACAGCCAAAUGGACUGAGCACAUUUAGCACUAACAAGAGUCAAAGUAUGUUGAGGUAGUACUAGUAUGUUACAUGUACUCACUGAUACCUUUGACUCUAGAGUAGAUAUAGUAUAGAACCCAUUGAAAUUCGUUUAUAGUUCUUUCUUAUUUUGAGUUUCUUACUUGGAUUUUAUAUCCAUUUGUUUAAAAAAUAUUUUUAGAAAAAAAGUGUCAAUGAUAAGAUAAAUUUUGGGGCAUAAUGAGGAGAAUGUUUAGAAGAACUAUUCUAUAUGGGUACUUCAGUUUAAAGCAUAAAUUCUUCUUGCUAGACAUUACACCAGCAAUAAUUCAAAUUUGAAAUAGAAACAUGUUGCUUUCACUUUCCAAUUUUCACCAACUCAAAAGAACUCGAAAUAAAUUUGAUGUGGUUUUAAUACUAUUAGAAUGUAUGAGAUGAAAGUUAUGGUUGAUGAUUGAAUGAGGAUGUUAUUGUCCUUGUAAUGUUUUGUUCCAAUUAUAUACAUGUAGUGUUUCUGUCUUAAUUUUAUUUGUUAAAUGUAUGGACCCCUUAUUACUUACAAAGUUUGUUAUUUUGUUUAUUUAUGUUUAGUUUAUGUGAAACUUACAGGUUUAUAAAGGUGAAAUCCAUUACUAUUAUGGAUGUAGAUUUGUUACGAGUAUCUUUUAUUUAUUUGGUGUUUAUGAUAGAAUUGAAUGAUUGUGGAUUCACUUUGUUUCUUUUUUCUACAAGUUUAUAAUCCCAACUUCUUAGCACAAACUGUUCCAAACACUUCUAUCUAGGAUUUGAAUAUCUUUGAUGUUAAUAUUUUAAUUAUUGUUAUUUUUUAUGACUGCACAAGACAUUGUUUCUCAAAUCUAAAUAAAAACUAAGAAAAAUA